AAAACGAACAUGACAACGAGAAAAACGAACAUGACCCGCCUGGAGGAAGAUUAAAAAAACACAUUUACAAUCCGGAAACAGCGGAGAAUCUGUGAAAAGUUUAAUCAAUGGUACAAAAAAGUAGUAUGUCACGGACGCCUUCCACUUCAACCCAGGAGAUUCAGAUGGACAUGUUUGAGCAGCAUCCGCACGCGCAGGGUAAAUACGCCAAGAGGAAGAGCCGAUUCAAGCGCUCGGACGGAAGCACGUCGUCCGACACCACGUCCAACAGCUUUGUCCGACAGGGCUCUGCAGACUCGUACACCAGCCGCCCCUCGGACUCAGACGUGUCCCUGGACGAAGACCCUGAGGCACUGAGGAAAGAGGCCGAUCGACAGGCGCUUGCCACGCUUGAGAAGGCAAAGACCAAACCUGUGGCCUUCGCCGUUCGGACUAAUGUCGGCUAUAACCCCGGCCCCAGCGAUGAUGUCCCGGUGCAGGGCAUGGCUAUCUCCUUUGAAGCCAAAGACUUCCUCCACAUCAAAGAGAAGUACAACAACGACUGGUGGAUCGGGCGUCUGGUGAAGGAGGGCUGUGAGGUCGGCUUCAUCCCCAGCCCCGUCAAACUGGAGAACACCCGACUCCUGCAGGAACAACGCAUGAGACAGAACCGACUCAGCUCCAGUAAAUCUGGAGGAAGUUCGAGUCUGGACGUUGCCACAGGAACACGCCGACCUACUCCACCCGGUACAGUCCAUCCUGAUGCCAGUUUUGAAAUAGACUCUGUGGACUUGGAAGCAGAGGAGUCAAUGGAUUUAACGGGGGAGCCGCGCACUCCCAAAAGUCUGUCAGGGAGCGUGACCUCGCCCCAUCAGGCCAUCCCCCGCCUCCCCUUUUUUAAGAAGAUGGAGCAUGUGCCGCCAUACGACGUGGUGCCGUCGAUGAGACCCAUCAUCUUAGUGGGACCGUCGCUCAAAGGCUACGAAGUGACGGACAUGAUGCAAAAGGCCCUGUUCGACUUCCUGAAACACAAGUUUGAGGGCAGGAUAUCCAUCACACGAGUCACCGCCGACAUCUCACUGGCCAAACGCUCCGUCCUCAACAACCCGAGUAAACACACCAUCAUCGAACGCUCCAGUACACGCUCCAGCCUGGCGGAGGUGCAGAGUGAGAUCGAGCGUAUUUUCGAGUUGGCUCGGACUCUUCAGCUGGUCGCCCUGGACGCAGACACCAUAAAUCACCCGUCGCAGCUCGCCAAGACCUCGCUCGCCCCUAUCAUCGUCUACAUCAAGAUCGCCUCACCCAAGGUCCUCCAAAGGCUCAUCAAGUCCAGAGGAAAGUCUCAGGCCAAACACUUAAACGUCCAGAUGGUGGCAGCAGAUAAACUGGCUCAGUGUCCUCCGGAGCUGUUUGACAUAAUCCUGGAUGAGAACCAGCUCGAGGAUGCGUGUGAGCACCUGGCCGAUUACCUGGAGGCGUACUGGAAGGCCACCCACCCCCCCAGCUCCAACCCCCCUAACCCCCUCCUCAACCGCACCAUGGCCACCGCCGCCCUGGCAGCCUCCCCUGAGCCUGUCUCCAACCUCCAGGUACAAGUGCUGACCUCCCUGCGCCGGAACAUCGAUCUGUGGCCUGAACUGGAGGGGCAUGACCGCAAAGAGGAGGAGCACGCCCUCUAGAGGUCAAACAGAGCCACAGCAACAACAAACAGAACGAGAGAACUUUACCUACAACUU